GCUGCUCUGUAGGAAGACGGUCUCUCUAGGGCUCACCUUGUUUGCAGCCCCCCGGGCUGUUGUCCCCAGGCCCAGAGGGGGGAGCGAUGAGCCCCCAAGGAGCUGGUCCAAGCGUCUAUUCACGCUCCUUGGCUCUGUGUUGGGGACAGACAGAUGUGCUGGUGCUGCCGGUGGUGCUGGAGACGGAUGGGCUGGAGUGGUGCUCUCAGGAGGUCCAGGCGCUGGCCGAGAGGGCGCUGGCAGCUGCAGGCCACAGCGGGGAGCUCCAACCGGGGAAGGUGCUGACAGUGCCAGGCACGGGCCUACCGGAUCUGCACUGCAAAGUGCUGUACCUUGUGCAACUGGAUGGCGAGGCACUGCAGCAGCAGGGGGCGCCAGAGGUCAUGCGCCAGAUGGUGCGAAGCUGCCUCUGUUCUGUGUACGGCGCGUUCCUGGAGUCCGUGUCCUUCCCGCUGCUGGGGGCCGGUCAGACCCUGCUGGCCAUGCUGGAGGAAAUCAGCUGCUUCCUGGAGCACCAGCCCAACACCUGGAUGAAACUGGUGGAAAUCGUCUGCCCGCUGGGGCUGCUGGCUCCUUGCCUGGUGGCUGAAGAUCCUAGCACCCUGACUGUGGCCAGCCCUGAGGAGCCGCGCGGCUGGGAAGCGGCAUUUCGCUCAGUGCGCCAGCGUUAUGUGGUGCAUCAUGAGGGCCGAGAGGACCUGCUGGAGGCCCUGGCUGCCGAGCCAUCCCUGGUGGAGGAGUUCGGGUCCAUCCGGGUCUAUGACGGGGAGGGCUUUGUCGACUUGGCAGGGGAGACGGCACCGUUCCUCCAGCACCUGGCUGUGAGGGCCUUCCAGAGGCAGCUGGUGAGCUGGGAGUACUCGGCCGAGCCUCUGCCCAGGUGGGUCAUCGUCAAGGACGUGGUGGAGAAGGAGCUCCUUAACCCCCAUGUCAGCAUGGAGCUUCGACAGGGCGCCCCAGCUAUCAUCAUCUUCCGGGGACCCCGCCAGCAGGUGAUCGAGGUGGAGAGCCGGUGCCAGCAGCUGCUCAGGGCAUUCCGGGUCCUGUCGGUGCCCGUCUCGCCUCUCCAGUAAGAACAAAGAGGUGUUCUUACACCUGGAAAAAGACUAUAUAAGGCUGAUGCCUCAUCUCCAUCUUGUCUUCAAUCCUGCUUCAUACCUCUGGAGGAACUUUGCUACAAGCUGAAGCUUUGAACAAAGGACUGAGGACCCAUCCCAGCGGGGGAUGUAUUCCAGAGACUUGAUUUGAACCUGCAGUUUAUUCUAUCGCUGCUGCAAGCCUGAACCAAGAACUGUGCCAUUACUGUAUGUAAUUGAUUCCAUUUAACCAAUUCUAACUCUCA